AGUUUCAGUUUCACUUCAUUCAUUACUUUUAACCUACAACAUUCCUGUUAUACUUCUAAUUUUUUUUUCCAACGCUAAUCAAAUGUUGUCUGAAGGCUGCACUAGGUAAUAUUUUGAAUCCAUAAUUUUCUUCUGAGAAAAGAAUCAUUGGAGGGAAAAUGAAAAAUAAAUAAAUCCAAAAUAAUGUCAUCUCCCUCCAAAAUUACAAUUAGUCCACUCAGCUUCUUUACCUCGAAAACGUAAAACAAAGAAAAGAGCUGUAUACACAUACAUAGUACUACUAAAAUACAAGAAAGCCCACAAUUUUCUCUCAACAUUCACUCUGCCAUUUUUUUUUCCUCCUAAAACCCACAAUUUUCCUUUCUUUCUCUCUCUAAAACCCCAAAUCGUAACGCCCUCAAUCACUGUUUUUCUUUAUGAUGUCACUGUUCCACCGAUUUCAUGGUUCUUGAAUUUUCUGGUGAGACUUUGUUUUCAUUUUUUUUUGUUGAAUGAUUUGGUACUGUUUUAGGGGUUUUUGUAGUUAUUGAUUUUAUGGGUUUUGUUUAAAAACCUAAAAUUAGCAGCUAAAAAAAAUCAAGAAUGGAAGAAGGGUUGAAAAUUUGUAGUGUAGAGAAGAAACAUGGGUUGGAUUUGAAUAGGGAUCCGUCUGAACAAAUGGAGACUAGUUUGACUGUGAAUGUGAGUGAUUCAGUUUGUAGGCAAGAUCUUGAUUUGAAUGAGUCUGUUAAAGAUGUAUGUGAAAAUGAUGAUGUUGUUGUUGUUGACUCUGAUAAGGUUAAGGCAAGUGUUGUUGUUGAUGAAGUUGGUGUGGCGGAGGAGAAGGAAGUGGGGGUUGUUGUUAGGAAGCGGCGUGGGAGACCGAGGAAGGCGGUGGAAGAUUCAGCUGAGGCUAAAAUGGAGGUGGAGGAUGAGGGCUUGUCUUUGAUUUCGAGUAGUUGCGACAAUGUAGGUGGUGACGGGAAGGGUGAUGAGAGUAAGGGUAGAGGACGGAGAGGGAGGAAAAAGAAGGUGAUGGUUGAUUCUUCAUGUGGAGGAGAAACUGAGCGAGAAAGUACGGAUUUGGUAGGUUUUGAGAGGAGUGGCAAAACUAGCAAGAUUGUGGAGGAUGGUGUUGAUGAAAGGAAUGUUGAAGGACAGAAUACGCCUGGAAGGAGAGGGAGUGAAAGGAAAAGACUUAAAGUGGAUUAUUGUGAAUAUAACGAUGACGAUUUCACUGAUGAUGAGGAUAUUAUUGCUACUACUGAUCAGUGCAGGAUUAAGGUUGGGAAGAGAGGUAGAGGGAGGAAAAGAGUGAAAGUGGAGGGUGUUGAGUGUCUCGAUGAUGAUGAUGAUCAAGUGAAAAGACAGAAGGUGAACAAAGUGCUUUCUAUGGGUCAGUCUAAAAGGGUCUUGAGGUCCCAGAAAGUGGCAGUUAUUAAUGGCGAGAAGCAUGUUGAUGGAGUGAAGGAUGAAGAUGUGUUCAGUAUAAAGAUAGAGGAAGAGAACGAAAUUGAUUCUUCUGAACAAGUACUAAAGACAAUGGUAGACGACAAUGCAAUCCCGAAAAAGAGGGGAAGGCCAAAGUUGAAGAAACCAAAGUUGAAGCACCCAAAGUUGAAGGGCCGUCGCGGAAGACCUCCAAAGACGCAAGGGAGAAAUGAAAUUUCCAGUCGGACGAAUAGCAAAAAGGAUAAAUUGAAGGGUACCAAGAGAGGCAUGGAUUAUGAAAAAGCAGAUGGUUUUGUUAGGGGUUCAAAGCAUCUAAAGGCGAGUAAGACAAAUGCUGCGGAAGAGGUGGUCAACAUCAGAAAGAAGAUGGACUCUGAGUAUGGAAAAAGUGCUGAUCAGGCAAAUGCUGAAGCUAAUUCUGAGGGUACUGGAGAUAAUCAAAACAAAAGGCUCAGCAGUGAUCAGUGUCAUGUGAAGAAAAGUAAAUUGAAAAGAAGCAAGCCUGAGGUGGUGGAAUCGGGUCUUAGGGAACAAAAACAGGCAAUCAGAAAUCAGAUAAUCGAUAUGCUUGUGAAGGCAGGUUGGACUAUUGAGUACAGACUCAGGCAAUCUAGAAACUAUAGUGACGCAAUCUUUUAUGAUCCUGAAGGAAGGCAACAUUGGUCAGUCACCUUGGCAUACAAGAAGCUCAAACAGAAAGUUGAAGCUGGAGAUGCUGACGAUAAGACCACAUCUGCAUUUACACCUAUCCCAGAGGAGGUAUUCAGCACGCUGUUCAGAGUUAGGCAAGAGAAAGAGAACAAGGUUAAAAAGAAGCACAAGGAUGUUGGAAGUAAAAUGAGCAAGAAAAUGAUCAGCAAGAAGAUACCCAAGAAGCAAUCUGCCAAAAACAACUUAGGUUGCUCAGAUUCUAAAGGAUGUGUCGGCUCCAAAUCAGGACACAACUCAAGUGAGGCAAUACGGAGGAAAAAGUUAGGAUCAAAUAAAGAAGAUGGACAACGCAGAAAACCUGCUCUAUUGGCACGUAGCUCACAGGGAGGAGGUGAUUCAGAUGAUGAUGAGUUUAUACUUUAUGAUGGGAAGCGCACUCUUUUAGCGUGGAUGAUUGAUUUAGGGGUUAUUCAAUCUGAUGCUCAUGUGCACUACAUUUAUGGUGGAAGGAAAAAAAUGAAGCAUGAAGGAAAGCUCAAGGGAGAUGGAAUUUGUUGUGGCUGUUGUGGUGUGACAUUGAGUCUUGCGGAUUUUGAAUCCCAUGCUGGAAGUAAGCUGGGCAAGCCAUUUCAGAAUGUGAUUCUACAGUCAGGACAGUCUCUUUUGCAAUGUCUAGUGGACUCAUGGAAUAAGCAGAGAGAUAUUGAUCGUAUUGCAUUUCAUUCUGUGGAAAUUGUUGGUGAUGACCCCAAUGAUGAUACAUGCAACAUUUGUGGUGAUGGGGGUGACUUGAUAUGUUGUGAUAGUUGCCCCUCAACUUUCCACCAGAGCUGCUUAGAUAUUCAAAAGUUACCUUCUGGAGAUUGGAGAUGUGUUUAUUGUUCAUGCAAAUUUUGUGGGACAGUUGUCAGAAGCUCCUUAGAGAAUGACGUUCAGGAUGUUAUGCCAGUCUCUGAAUUGUUAACAUGCCAUUUGUGUGAGGGAAAAUUCCAUUUGCCCUGUGUCCCCGGUGACAGUGCUCUGGAUUUUGAUUCUAAUGAUCUAUUAUUUUGCGGAAAGGGAUGCCAGAAGAUUUCUGAGGUCCUGCAGUUGCUUCUUGGUGUAAAGCAUGACUUGGAUGAAGGAUAUUGUUGGAGACUUCUUCAACAUCGUGAUUUUGGCAGGGAUGCGAAUUUGACUGACAAUCUAGUAGACAUUGAAUGCAAUUGCAAUUUAGCUGUUGCUUUCUCCAUUAUGAAUGAGUGUUUUGUGCCCAUAGUUGACCAGCGAAGUAAAAUCAAUAUAAUUCAGAGUGUUGUUUAUAGCUGCGGAUCAAACUUUAAGCGGCUGAACCACAGUGGAUUCUACACUAUUAUUCUGGAGAAGGGUGAUGAGCUUAUCUCUGCUGCUUCCAUAAGGAUUCACGGGAAUCAGGUUGCUGAGAUGCCAUUUAUUGGUACCCGGUAUAUGUAUCGUCUUCAAGGAAUGGCCCGUCGGCUUCUCACAGGAAUUGAAACGGCUCUUUGUUCUCUUGGUGUUGAGAAGCUGGUUAUACCUGCUAUACCAGAACUUCUUGAAACAUGGACGAAGGUUUUUGGUUUCAAACCCCUUGAAAAAUCAAAGAGACAGGAAAUGAAGUACAUGAGUAUGAUAGUGUUCCCUGGCACGGAUAUGUUAGAGAAGUCCCUAUUGAAGGAUCAGUUCAGUGAAGGCCAAGUUACUUCAACAGGGUCUAAUGCUGAUGCUUCCUCUGAAGUCAAGCUCAACCAGGAUGAUAAAGGUGCUACUUUGCCUGUAGAAUCAAGUCUCGAUACAGCUGAUGGCGUUUUGAAUGACACGUCCGAUUGCAGAAAUUGUCUUCCUUGUCAUGCUUCUGAACCUGCUGUUCAUCAAACUGAAAGGAUAGCUAAUUGCACUUCUGCACAACCUGGUUGGGGAACUGUCUCCUCCGACGUAACAGAUGGACAAAAUCGGAUGAAGAUGGCUCAACAUUGUGUAAGUGGAAUGGAAGGCAAAACACUAAUUUCUUCUCCUGUGGCACCUAUAUCAACAAUUCAUGAGGAGAGGGCCAUUCACAGUAUGGAAGAUAGUAAAGAAGCUGUCAGUUGUCUGCUCAAAAGAGAAGUGUGUCUGAAUACCAACUCCGAAUCCCUUGACAAGGUUUGCCGUAUAAAUGCAUGUCACACACUUGAAGUUCCUGAAGGAAAAGGUUCAAUUGCUUCAAGUGAAAUGACUUCUGAUUUGAUGUGUGAUUCUACUGGUUCGGUAAGAGCUACUUCCAAGGCCUCUCAUCAGGUAGAAAAAGUUAUGGGUUGUUUAGAUCUACCUAUUCCUAAUGGCUAUAUUUGUGAUAAAACAUCUACCUUAGACCUGUCUUGUUUGAACUCUCGUUUGGCAAGUCAAGGAACUUCACAUGAACUUGUGAGAAGUAACAUCAAGGACCAUAAGGAAGUUUCUGUGGAUGCUCAUGGUUUGUCCCUUGAUUCAAAGUCUCUCCAAGACGUAGCUCAGUUGUCUGCAAAAAUCCACUGAGGAACUAGUGUCUUGUUCAUAUUAGUAGUUUGUUUGAUUUGGAACCCUGAGGCAGUAUGAGUUCCUGCGGUGCUAAUAGAAGGGUGCUCAAUAUGUAUGUUGUGUAGAUUUUUGAAGAUGUAACAUGCUAAUUUUGAUCUUUUAUUGAGCAACAACCGAAACAGCCAAGUGUAUAUCCUCGAUGUAAUUUACUGACAUGAACAUAGGCGGUGCUAUGGUUUCUGAAAAGCUCUUUUUUGGUUGAAAGUUGUAGAUGGUUCCUACAUGGCAGUGGGUGAACGAGUAUUGAUCAGGGAUAAUCUGACCUACAGUCUGGAUUGUUAUGUGUAUAACUAGGUGCAGAAGUAGGGUUUUCUGAGUUGUGUAUUAGGUAACCACCUUAUACAACGCAUUGAAUGACGAUGAGACCAUUCAAUUUGCUUCUUGCUCUGUAGUAUCAUUUGCAUGGUAAUAAUUUCAAUUGCAUUGCAUAUUUUCCCUUAA